UGUACUCUGGCAGUUGGUGAUGGACAGGGAGGCCUGGCAUGCUGUGAUUCAUGGGGUUGCAAAGAGUCAGGCACGACUGAGCGACUGAACUGAACUGAACUGAAUGAUUAAUUAGUGAUCCUCAGACCCAUGCAGCUGGGAUUUAGUAUGUGGUUAGCGGGAGGAAGCAGAGAGGAGGAGCAUUGUCUAAGAACCUGGGCAAACCAUAUAUACAGGACGGCAGAAUCAGGAGGAGGGUGUCUGAGGUCCUUCCCACUGCCUUCAGCAGGGACUUGCCAAAGGCACCAGGGAAAGAAGAGUCUCUCCCAAGAAGUGCAUCUUUGGUAAGGACCCCAGAGUGGGGAGAUUCUCCUCAGACACCUGAGGACCCCACACGAUGCUUUCUGGUGUUUAUGAUCAGGAAAUGCUUUUCUAGGGCCCAUUCUUGUAGGUCCAGAGAGUUUCCUGUAUCUUCCUCUCCAUCAUUGUCAGAGAGCUUGAAGCUGGCUUUCAAAUUCUACCGCGUCCCCUGUUAAUCUCCUCUUUGAAUCUCUCUCCCUGCGGUGACUUUUGUGCACUUACAGUCCCAUAUUAGAGGGCCAGGGGGCAGGUGGUGGUGCUGGUCAGAGUACCUCAGGUGAGCCUCUUUAAAUCUUGGAUUCCAUCUCUGAAACCAAAGCCGCGUCACUCUCAGGCUGAAGAAAGCGGGAAAGGUGAGCUCUGUCCCUCCACAAAGCUCCACGGCUGCCUUCUCUUCUUGGAGAGCGCAGGAUCUGAGGGGUGGGUGUCCCCUGCAGGGGUGGUAGCCACCUGCCCCCUCAAAGAGAGUGGGCCAGAAAAAGAGACAGACGGCAGACAGAGAGAGGAAAGGAUGAGGUGGAGGUGGGAGGGGUCUGUGUGGGGCUGGGAGGGGAGGGCUGGGGGGAGGGAGAGAGAGUCUUUCCAACCAAGCAGAGGGGUGACGUGAGGGACCCGCUGAGGAAAGGGGAGAAGAAACGGCUGGACCUCAGGAAAGAGAGAAGUCAUUGGCUUGACUCGCUCCCCGCCCUCCCCAGGCAACCUUCUACCCAGGCCCCUCAGAGGGUCAUAACUUCCCCGUCAGAGUUCCCGCCUCUCUGGAAGCUGUGAGGCUCCAUUUGGAACCCAGAGUCUACAGGGACCCCCAUGAAGCUCUUGGCCUUACUGAGCCUUCUGAUCCUGAUGCUGCAGGAAGCAAGAGCAGCAUCUCUCUCAAAGGAGGAGAGGGAAGGCGAUCCUUAUGCCAUUCUGCAUCUGGGGGACUAUGUCCUGAGCCUGGACAACUACGAUGAGGUCAUCGAUCCAAGCAACUAUGAUGAGCUCAUAGACUACGGGGACCAGCUCCCCCAGGUUAAAGGCACCAGCCUGGCUUCUCUCACCAGGACACAUUUUACUCAGAGCGCAGAAGCUGCAAGGACACUCCCUUCAAACCCCACCGUGGCCAGGCCUCCGACACUAGGGCUGCUGGCUGCCCCGGCCAACCACGGCCUGCCGACCUGUCUGAUCUGCGUGUGCCUUGGUUCCUCUGUGUACUGUGACGACGCGGACCUGGAGAACAUCCCUCCUCUUCCGCAGACGACUGCCUACUUAUACGCUCGGUUCAACCGCAUCAGCCACAUUCGGGCUGGAGACUUCAAAGGGCUGACAAAACUGAAGAGGAUUGACCUCUCUGGCAAUUCCAUCUCCUCCAUCGAUGACAAGGCCCUCCGCCUGCUGCCUGCUCUGCGGGAUCUGAUCCUCCCUGAGAACAAGCUCGUGGCACUACCCACACUGCCCACCAGCAUUGAGGUCCUGGACGUCCGCAUGAAUCGGCUCCAGAGCUCAGGGAUACAGCCUGAAGCCUUCAGGGCACUGGAGAAGCUGCAGUUCCUCUACCUGGCCGAUAACCUGCUGGACGCCAUCCCCCAGUCCCUGCCCCUGAGCCUGCGUUCACUGCACCUGCAGAAUAACAUGAUAGAGACCAUGCAGAGGGACACCUUCUGUGACGCCGAGGAGCACAGACACACCAGGAGGCAGCUGGAAGACAUCCGCCUGGACGGCAACCCCAUCAACCUGAGCCUCUUCCCCAGCGCGUAUUUCUGCCUGCCUCGGCUCCCCACGGGCCGCUUUGUCUAAGUCUGCCCGCCCCCUAAACAGCGACCUUUUAUCCGGGCGUUAGUCAGCCUCAAGAUCCAGAGCAGAAAUCCACUGCCCCCCCUGCCUCAACACACACACACACACAUGCACACGCGUGCACGCACAAUGCACACACCCAUGGUGCACACACAUGCACACACACAUGGUGCA